AAUACAACCGGGCCGGGCCUGACGUUUUGGCUGCGUGCUUGUGAUCUUGCGUCUCGUGGAUCGCACCUUGCCUUCUCAGUUUGCUUUUUCGGCCCAGUGCUGCUGUACAACACUGCCAAGGGCCUGGCUAUCGUCUCCCACACACCUGAAUCGCCCAUCUGCCUUCCUGGUAUGCAUGCGUGCGGACACGGAAAGGGAAUGAGGGCACGGAAAGGGACGCAUAUGUGGGUGUGUUCGUGUGUGGAUCCAUGCGUCGUCGUUGUGCUGUUGUGGUGUGGUAUGGCAGGUUGUUUCUCGCACUCCUCUGUCGCCUUGCUGUUGCGUUUGGGUGCGCUGUACAACACUCUCUGGUUCGCAAGCGCACACACUGACUGGAUGGCUGGCUUGUGUGUGUCCAUCGUGUUGGUGGUGUUGUGUGUGUUGGUGGCAGGUUGGUUUUCGCACCCUCUGUCGUGUCGCUUUUCGUUCGGGUGCACUCUUGCCAUCACUCUCUGGUGCGCAUCAAGACAGACAGACAGACAGAGAGGCAGACACAUACACCGACCACACACACCAGACUGUCUGUGUGGCUGCCUGGCUGUGCAUGCGAUGUCCUCAGACGUGCUUUGCUUUUGCCGGUCGUCUGCGAGUUUGGCAGCGGCAGUUCCCUGCCUUGUCAACGCUCACAGCGCCCAUUGGUUGAGCUCGCUGCAUGACCGGCACUGUCUAAGGACUUUCGCGACAGACGUUCAUUCAUUCAAUCGCUCUCGAGUCCCCACGCUUGAGUCAACCUGUGUUGAUCUAGACCACCUCCUCCGGAUGGUCUGAGCAGAGCACAAGAAAACCAACUACAGCCUCAUCAGAAGCUCGCAGAUGGUUUGGAGAUCGCAAAAGUGAGAAGGGGUCAGCGUUGCUUCUUCAAGGUACGCACAGUCACACUCACACACAGCACACCGAACUCGUGAGCCCAGCCUCAACACACGUCACAUUUGACCCGCAUGCAUGUACGCACACGAGGGACAGACGAGUGGGUGAGGGCCACAGGCAGGAAGGCGAGCAAAGGGGCAGAAACGACUCCACAGCGGCCAGCAGGGAGGCAGAAGCACAGGGGCAGCCAGGCCGUCUCACAGGCGUCACGUGUGUACUGGCAGUCAGGCAUUUCGUUGGCACCUGACGAGUUGAUCGGUGCAUGUGUGUCCAUUGGUGGUGUGUUUGGGCUGCGGGCGUCAUGGCGUCUCCCUGUGUGUGUCUGCUUCAGGUGACUCGCCCUCCUUCUGCUGCCCCUCCGACAGACAGCACCCGAGUGAGCAGAGCCCACCUACUGAGGAUGUGAGACCACACCAACAGGACGUCUAGCGGACGGCAAUUACUGGUCGAUCAACGCCUUUCCCAGCAGACGGCAUCCAG